AGCCUUUUUUGCAUCAUUGUUCUUGGAGAUAGGCCACAAUGCCUGUUCCUGAAGGAAAAGACUUAGAUGCCCUCAUGUAUAGGUUGCUUCGCAUGAAGUGCCCGAAGGUGUUGGCCUCGAUCAUACUCUGCCUUCUCUGGACGACCACUGUGGACUUCAACGAGGAGUAUGAAAUGUUGGAGUUCUUCGCCGGCGCCGGAAACCUCAGCCGAUAUAUGAAGCUUUGUGGCAGGCGUACUGGGUCUCUAGACAUCAAAUACCAAACCAAUCCUUCGAAGAAGAGUGCCUUCAAGAGCGACCCAAUGGAUAUUCUGAGUCCUUCGGGAUUUGCGUUCCCUGGGUGAAAGCAAUCUCAGAACUGUUGUAUAUUCAUGCGUUUAUAUAUAAAUAUGUUUAUAUAAUAUCGAUCGAUGCCGUCGAUGCUGGUAUAUCUUUAGACACGCUUCGAGCUUUUCCAAGUGUGUUCCAUGACCAGCUGAACCACACAAAUAAGGGUGGCACUGGCAUGCUUAUUCAAGUGCCGGCCUGACCGCUUCAUGGCCAUGUUUGCCUUGAAGUGCGCUUCAUGGACUGCGAUUAACUCUGGAACCUCCAAUAGGGCUCCAUGCGCGAGCAUUGGCUUUGAUGAGUACCCCAAUGUUCUGGAGGCGAAUGCCUUGUGCGAGCGGACCAUCUACCUUCUGGUGGUUGUGGUAUGUCUUGGUGGAGUCUUUGGGUUAGAGCAACCACGGCUUUCCAACUUUGAGUUCUACCCCAUGUUCCUGGAGUUUCGCGGGCUGUGCUAUGAAGUCAAUGGGGGGUCCUCAGCUGUCUGGCGUGUGGGUUGGUGGAUGGCUCAUUAUCAGAGCCUAUCCCCAAAGCGUCACUAUGCCUUCAGUAACAGCCAGGUCAUCCAAAAGCUGGACCGCGGAAAGCUUUCGGGAUGGAAGAAAAAGGGAAAGGAGAAGCUCCAAACAACUAUUCAAUAUCAGUCGGCUGAUGGAAAACGCUGCUUUAAGGGCACAGCAGCACUACGCAAAACAGAGGAAUACACUGUCCAGUUCGGCCGCUGCUUAGCCGACUUGUAUGAUGAGAUGGUCAUCUCGCCGUGUGGCCAGCCCAAGCUCCCAUGCCUUCUCCCGCCUGCUCAAGAGUCGUACCAGUUCAUGGGCCAGGGCUUUGACCUGGGAUACGCACGCCUGAAUGAAGUAUAUAGUUAUUUACGGAGAGGUCGGAAUCUCAAGAUUCCUCCUGGUUGGAGCCACCUGCUGCCCAAACCAGAGUGAUCUACUGCUCGAUAUUUGUUUUGUUGGGCAACUUGUGGGGUAAGAGUGGAAAGGCAUCAUGUGGAAGAUUGCCUGAGUUGUAUGGGCAUGUAUCCACGUGGUGACUUCCGCACAGGUUGGAGGUUCUUGGUCCAUGUUUUCUACACAAAAGUUGCUCCCUUAGGGCUCUUGGAUGGAGAAAGUCAGGGACCCCGUAGAAUACCCGUAGCAAACCGUAGAAAACCCGUGGAUACCCGUAGUCGU